AUUUAUAUAUUUUUUAAUUAUCACAAGUUUUAUCAAAAUUGCAUAAGUAAUUAUUGCACAAUUGCAUUAAUUAAUUAUAAUAUCAAAAUAAAGCUAUUUAAAGUCAUGUCAGUGAUGAAAAUUGAUGGAAGUCUAGGAGAAGGGGUAAGUAUAAAAUUAAAUAAUUAAUAUUGAAUUGAUAAACUUGGUGAUUAAUUUAUUGAAUUAAUAAUUGUUUAAAGGGUGGACAAGUACUGAGAAUAGCACUGGACGUCCAAAGCCAGGAUUAGCCGCCCAACAUCUUAAAGGAGUGGAAAUCGCACAGAGUAUGUGUAAUGCUCAGGUAAAGGGCGCUUACCCUGGCUCAACGCGAUUAGAAUUCAUUCCAGGAGUUUUAAGUCAAACACAGAAGCGAACUUUUCAUGCUGAUACCCAAACCGCAGGUUGUACAAUUUUGCUCGCUCAGGUCGCGUUGCCCAUAGCACUGUUUUUGCCUCCUGGUGACCUAAUUACCCUCAUUCUUAGAGGAGGAACAAACGUGCCCAUGGGUCCUCACAUUGAAUAUCUCACAGAAGUAUUUCGACCUUGGUUAAAUAAAUUUGGUGCUGAUUUUGACUUUACUGUUUUAAAAAGGGGAUAUUACCCAAAAGGAGGCGGAGAAAUUCAUCUCAGAAUACCACCAAUAAAAAGUUUGAACUCUGUUGAGAUGCUGCAGCUGGGUGACAUAAAAAGUAUUUCAGGAUGGGCUUACGUUGCUGGUUCUGUUCCUUUAUCUGAGGCUUACAAUAUGGCAGAAGUGACUAAAAAUACAAUACAUAAAAAAUUGACUGAUAAUAAUAUUCAAGUUCCAUCAAUUAAUAUUGAAGCUUAUCGAGAAGAUAGAGAAAUGGCUGUUGGCAAUGGAUCUGGCAUCAAUGUCGUCUGUCAACUGAACAGUGGAUCUGUUUUCGGUGGCUCUGGAUUAGGCUCAAAUCGUCGCGACAGUAAGUCAGAGCCCGCUACUGAGGCUGCUGAGCAAAUUAUUAAUCCUAUUCUCGAUGGCUCGUGCAUUGAUGAGCAUAUGCAAGAUCAAAUGGUACUUUUAAUGGCUUUGGCGCAUGGUCGUUCAAGAUUGUUACUAGGCAAACAACAACUUACUCUUCACACGGAGACUGCAAUAAAAGUAGCCGAAUUAAUGUUAGGAGAUCGCGGUUUUCGAUGUCAAGUAAUAACUAAUCGGGACGCUGGUGACUCAAAGCAGUAUAUUCUCGAGUGCAAUGGAUGUGGUUUGUUAAAUGCCGCUAAUUAA